AUGCUCUGGAUCAAGUCGCUCUUCUGGCUUGGUGCUGCCACGGUCAGCGCCCGUUCUGUCCAGUCCACCCAGGGCAUCACAGAUCUUGUCAAACGUCGUCUUCCAAAUCAUCUCCACAACUUCCAUUUCACUCUGGACACCAGCUAUGAGGUAGAUAGCAAAUAUGACUCUUAUAUUGUCAGCAGUGACUCCGGAGGUACCAUUUUAGUCAAAGGAAAUUCCCUAAGUGCAUUGUCGUCGGGUCUGCAUCAAUAUCUGACCGAUGUUGCUCAUGUCGAUAUCUACUGGUUUAUUGGUAGCCGACUGGAUAUCGCCCCGUCCAGGUUGCCUCGCCCGACCAGCCCUAUUAGUGGCUCCAGUACAGUUCCGUGGAGGUAUCAUUUCAACACAGUCACUUUCUCCUAUACCACAGCCUUCUGGUCUUGGGAAGACUGGGAACUACAGUUGGACUGGAUGGCCCUUCGGGGAGUCAAUCUUCCGCUUGCCUGGGUUGGUCAAGAGAAGAUUCUGGUGGAGGUAUUCCGGGAAAUUGGUCUCAGCAAUGCAGAAAUUGCUACUUAUCUGAGUGGUCCAGCGUUCCAAGCCUGGAAUCGAUUUGGUAACAUUCAAGGCUCGUGGCAUGGGGAUCUUCCCCAGACAUGGAUCGAUGAGCAGUUCGACUUGCAGAAAAACAUCAUUCACCGCAUGGUGGAGCUGGGUAUGACACCUGUAUUACCGUGUUUUACUGGUUUUGUCCCUGCCAAUAUCACCCGUGUUCUCCCAGACGCAAACGUGGUUCGUGGCUCACGUUGGGGAGGGUUUCCGAUCCAAUAUACAAAUGACACCUUCCUUGAGCCUUUUGACGCUCAUUUCGCUGAACUUCAAAGCAGUUUCAUCAGCAAGCAGCGAGAAGCCUAUGGAGAUGUCAGUCACAUCUACACUCUUGAUCAGUACAACGAGAACGAUCCUUACUCCGGUGACGUGGACUAUCUGCGUAAUGUCACUCGUAACACAUGGCAAAGUUUGAAACAGGCCGAUUCUGAUGCCAUAUGGAUGAUGCAAGGUUGGCUCUUCUAUGCCAAUUCCGAUUUUUGGACCAACGAACGAGUGGAAGCAUAUUUGUCGGGUGUGGAGGCCAAUGAGGAUAUGUUGAUCCUGGAUUUGUUCUCGGAGUCGAUCCCUCAAUGGCGUCGAACAAAUUCAUACUACGGAAAACCUUGGAUCUGGUGCCAGUUGCACAACUUUGGAGGCAACAUGGGUCUGUAUGGGCAAAUCCAAAAUAUCACCCAGAAUGCCUCAGAAGCCCGAACAGAGUCCCCGUCUAUGGUCGGUUAUGGCCUCAGUCCCGAGGGUCAAGAAGGCAAUGAAAUUGUCUAUGAUCUUUUGCUUGAUCAGGCAUGGUCUUCAACCCCGUUGGAUACGCAAGAGUACUUUCACAAAUGGGUGACAAGCCGAUAUGCUGGCCAGAGGUCCGUUCCGGGGGAUCUCUACGCCGCGUGGGACUUGAUGCGACAAACAGUCUACAACAAUACGAACCUUACUACACUUGCUGUUGCCAAGUCCAUCAUUGAUAUCCAGCCCAGUCUCUGGAAUUUGGCCAAUGUCGCCGGUACACAUGGUACAACAGUCAAUUAUCCCCCAUCCGUUCUUGUGCAUGCCUGGCAACUCAUGUUCCAUGCAACAAAGCAAGAGCCGAAGUUAUGGUCCAAUCCGGCGUAUUUGCAUGACAUGGUUGAUGUGACGCGUCAAGUCAUGGACAAUGCUUUUAUUUCCAUGUACUCGGAUCUGAUAGAUCUGUACAAUGCUUCCCACUCCAUGCAGCCAGAGUUUGCACAAAAGGGGAACAGAAUCAUUCAACUUCUGACCGAUCUUGACUCGGUUCUUCUUACCAAUAAGAACUUCCGUCUUUCGACCUGGAUAGAUGCGGCGCGGGCCUGGGCACAUGGCAAUACAUCCCAAGCCGCCAUGUUUGAAUACAACGCUCGCAACCAAAUCACUCUUUGGGGGCCUAAUGGGGAGAUCUCUGACUAUGCGUCCAAGCAAUGGAGUGGCCUCGUCUCUUCCUACUAUCUUCCACGGUGGCGCUUGUUUGUCGAAUACCUGAAAUCCACCCCAACAACGUCCUAUAACGAGACUGAGUUGAAAUCCAAUCUACGGCUUUUUGAGAUGCAGUGGCAAACCGAGAGUUGGUCAGCCCCCGAGCCUACUGGGGACGCGAUUAAUCUGGAAAAAGUGUUGCACCAAAUUUCGCGGCGCUGGUCAUCUAUUUUUUGGUGA